AUGGGCGAAGCGGAGAGCUCGGCCGGGGCGGCGGAGGUGAAGCCCCCUUGCCCUGGCCUGGGCCCUGGGCCUGCUCCGGCAGCGAUGGAGCCCGGGCCUCAAGCGUCGUCGGAGGACGCGGCGGCGGCUGCAGCGGCCGCUAUCGCUUCGGCCGCGAUGGCAGCCACGUCGGCGGCUCCUCCGCCGCCGCCUCCGCCGCCGCUGCUGCCGUUGCCGGUGGUGUGGAGCCCCGAAGUGGAGGUGUGCCUCUUCCACGCCAUGCUGGGCCACAAGCCAGUCGGUGUGAAUCGCCAUUUUCAUAUGAUCUGUAUCCGAGAUAAAUUUAGUCAGAAUAUUGGGAGGCAAAUUUCUUCCAAAGUUAUCUGGGACCACUUGAGCACAAUGUAUGACAUGCAGGCACUGCACGAGUCGGAGAUUCUUCCUUUUCCCAAUUCGGAAAAAAACUUCAUCCUCCCUGAUGAAAUUUUUCAAGAAGUAAAAGAAGGUAAAGUCAUGAUAGAAGACGAUGUGAAGGAAGAAAUAAAGGAAGAGAUGGAAGGGCACUCCACUGCUGAAGAAGUUUAUGCUUCUCUGGGGAACCUGACAAAAGCCACUGAAAAACCCAGCAGUAAAGAGAAGGAACGAAGCUCCUCUGAGCCCGGAUGCAAAGAAGGAGGAGAUAAGAGAAAGCGGAACAGAGUCACAGAGAAGGUCUUAAAUGCAAACAGCAAUCCCUCCAGUCCCAGCGCAGCAAAAAGGCGCAGGACAUAAAGGAUGGCAGAACAAUCCUGGAGUGUACCCUGAAGUCUGAACAGGGAAAAAAUGGUAGGUCCUAGUUAGCCCGUCAGUGUUGAACGCGGGAGACAAAGUGAGGGAAACUGGUCAUCGCCCCUCUAAAGGGAAGCAAAUGGUAACUUUGUCCCCCAAAUUUUAGGAAGAGAGGGAGGCUUUACAGCAAAUGCACAACAGGUCCGACAUUUCUUUUUGCUAUCAGAUACAAACUACAUACUUAGUAGCACACCUGGAUCUGUGGGAACCAAGGAGCAUCAGUUUUUUAUUUCCAUUUUUAGAGACUUCUGUGUUUUGGACUGGAGUUACUCAUUUUGGUGACUGCAGCACAAUUCUACAUAGCCAGAAUCGGAACUUGCCCAAAAAACAAUGGAGUUUAUAUAUCCUGGGAUUAGUCAGGUGUGUUACCUGGUAGUAGAAGAGAGUUCGCUGUAUAUUUGUAUAUAUAUGUAUAUAUAUAUAUAUAUGUGGGGAUUUUUUUUUACUCAUUAUUUAAUUUACUGAUUGUUUUAAAAGAAGAAGUAUUUUUUGCAGAAAUUCUUAAACAGAGGUUCGGGUAAUUUUGCUAUUUAAACUAUUUUGGAAGUAGGUUUAUGUUUUUACUUGAAAAUGUGCUGAGUUUAUACGCACAGGUGUUAAAAGUCGAACUCUCUUAGUGUUUCUCUACGAUCCCGAUAGUAAAAAUGUCCUUGCCUGAAUUGGGAGGGAUUUAGAAAACAUCUUUUGUAAGAAAAACAGUAUCAGAACAGUUACAGUAACAUUCAGCAUUCUGUUUGAAUAAAUUUCUG